UCCUCCGCUGAUAAAACUGUUGUAUUUCAGAUGAGAUGCAAAGUCACUUCCUACCAAGGCAGCGCAACUGCAACCACGCAUGUAGGCAGGCUGCCGCGAAUCGGAGGACAUUUACCAGAAAGUCGCUCUCAUAAAUUAAUAAUUGGAAGAAAAAAAAAGUAGAGCAGGCUGGAUGCAGUUUGAGAGUUUGCUGAACGGGUUGUAAAUAAGUUUCAGACACAUCAGGCAACAGGAAACGAGACAGAAGAGCGCCAGUGACAGAAGUGAAACCUGCGCCAAUGAAGCUUUGACCACACCAUGUUUCCAGUGAACUGAGGUGAUGGAGAGCCCCGCAUCCACAGUGAGGCGACGAGCCUGGAUCAACAGCAGCCGACAAUGGCUCACUUUGGAGGAACUGGACCCUGAAGGACCGCCGUGCAGCCUCCCCUCUGCCUCUUUAGCUGACGACGAUGUCUUUUCUGAUGGAUGCGUCACAGGAAAGAUUGAGAACUGGCUCCUGGGUUGUGGAUUGGAGGGCCGCUCAGAAAACUCUGAUCAGCUGAGUUUCGAGUCUGCACUGAAAGCCAAACACUUUGACGAUGAGUUGAGUCUUGGUGCUGAUGCUUCUUUGUUAAAUAGUGGAGAAACGACAUCUGAAGUUGGCUUCACACAGCAUCCCAGCUCCAAACAAGGUCACGGCAGACUCACCAGUACCCCUCGUCAGGCACUAUGUCUGCCAUCACUGAACCUGGGCCACAGCAUGGCCUCCAGCUGCCUCUCCUCCUCCACCUGUAAAACUACAUCAAGUGUAUCAGAUGUACUGAAGUUGUGUUCGGAGGAUGCAGAGGAAACGCUGUACGAGCUGGGUUUCGGCUGUGAUGAGCCACAGGUCACUGUUCGAAUCCCUCCUCGCUUCUUCACAUUCCCCUCUCUGGCUCAGGGCAUUAACUUCCGCCUCUUCCUGGACUCACAGUUACGGCGGAUACGAGAGGAAGACCCGAGCCUCUCUCUAGCUAGUCGUUUCAGACAAGUGCAAGUGCUCACAGCAAUGGCCAAUGCUUUCUACUCCCUCUACUCUCACGUGUCACGCACUCCUCUGCAGAAACUGGAAGCACCAGAGUUUACCUUCUCCUCGUCUCCCGUGGAGAGGAUCGAGCGCUUCAGGAGCAGCGUCCGCAGCGAGCCACGUUCUCCAGUCGAGAGGCUGAAGGACACCGUCUCAAAGAUGUGUCUCUACACCGGCUCUCCUCGUGGGUCAGACUCCACUUCUCCACAGACCUCCCCAAAAAAAAGGUCCAGCCUCCCGGAUGUUGUGGGUAUAGUUCUGGAGAAGACCAAGACUGGGGUGACCAAGAAACUGGAUAUGGGGGGAUUUAAUAGGAGUAAUUCAGCUGUGGAUAUUACGCUAGUCACAGAUGGUGAUCAGCCCUGUGACAGCGGGAAAACCGAGCAAACACAGCAGACUGUGGCGGACACAGACCCUCAUGAAAAUGUCAAUAAAAUCUGUCAUAACGAGAUACAGGGCGUUACACAAACAGAUAAUGGUGAUGCAGAUAAACCAGAAGACCUUGACAGCAGGACUCACAGUGUAAGAACAUCUCUAGUGUCAUCAUUAUCAGGAGAAACUGUGAUAGAAACUGCUCAUCAGAAAACUUCUUGUCAGCCGGAACUCGAUUUGUGUUCAACUCAGAGUGACACAAGGACCGCUAAUCUGAAACCUGUUGCCAAGGUUACAUUUGAUACAAUCUGCCCACAGAUAGUCGAGAGCGCACACCAAGAGCUUUUCUGCACACGUAGUGCAAAAACAAACCCUCCUAUCUCCUCUGAGACAGAAUGCAUAGAUAGAUCAUGUCCUGAAUCACAUAUACAAACUGCUGCCUCUGAGCCUGACUCACACACUGGUGUAUCCAGACCACCUCCUGUCAUGGCCUCUGAUGACUGCGUCACCCAGUGUUGCAUCACUGUGACUGUGGGCGACGACAUCUCUUCCUCUUCCUUGAACGCACCAGAUUCCAGUCUUCCGACUUCAGCUGUCCCAUCUAUCCAGACAUGUAAGGAGUCAUUCAACCAGGGGAAGAGCCAGUACCUGAAUCCACUGACGCAUCAGGGUCUGGGGUCUGUCUCCAAUAACCUGCAACAGGUUAACUCCUUUGAGCUGGAAGAGGUACAUAGUGCAGGAGAGGAAGAUUUUGGACAAUCAGAAACUACAAGAACGACCUCCCUGUUGUCCAAAAAACAUCAAUACAAAGGUGAAGUUGUCCGGGGUGACAGCAUGCAGUCAGACAGCAGCGGCUACGCAGACGAAGAAUUCAGCCUCUCAUCAUAUGCACAUAGCAGAUGACAGCCAAGAGCUUCAUGUAAUGAAAAGAUUAAGAUAAGUCGUGGAUUUGAUCACAUGUCAACUUUUUUUCCCACCCAAGGAAAGUGGAAAGAGUAUUAUAUUUCUCCUUAUCACUCAUACUGAAUACAGAUUAUUUAAUAUCAGUACACUGUUGAAAGGGCUUGCUGGAAUACCGCGUGGACCAUUCUUUCAAUUUCAACUGCAAUUCAGCAGGGAAGUCAUUAUGACAACAGUUAAGUUUACAAAAAGGUUUUUAUUGGAAACGUCAAUUUCACAUGGAACUCACAUUUUCUACAGCCACAACAAAGAAGUCUUUAAUUGUAUCGAUGUCAGCAUUGACGUCAGUCGUGUCAGCACCUAAAAUUUGCUAAAAACCAGCAGCUAAGUUACUUAAUUGAGUGAUCACAAAAGAAAUAUGCAGAUCUGACCUUUUCAGAGGAUGAGGUUGCAUUAAACAUGAUGUACUGUGUACCAGAGGGAAUAGACGUACAGUACAUUACAGAAACUCGGUCAGUCUGCAUUGUGCAAAGAAAAUAAUCUUUAGUUUCCUAUUUUCAAUACUUACUUCAGAUGUGUGCAAGGCGGUAUUAACCGAUAUGCAAAUACAGGAAAGUAUGUGGUAAUGAAUCUGUAUACAAGACACAAGUUUUGUCUAGUUUUUGUCAUUUUUUUAAAUGUCUGUUGUUGCUUAUGUUUUAUUCUUUAUUCUUUUGACUUGUUAUGGUUUUAGUUUUAACAAUUUUACUCCUGUGAAGCACUUUGUUACUAAAUAAACUUUACUCACAAGUAUUUGGAGAAUA